AUGGCCUCCGUGGACUCGGAGAGAACCCCCAACGAUGCGCCCAAGAACAAUGCCGUAGUGACCGCAGUGUCGGCUCAGGCGCAUCCUACUCUCGAGGAGUAUGAGCGACUGUUCGGAGUCGAUGAGGAUGCAUAUGAGCAGCCUACCACUACCCGGAAAGAAUUAUGGUCUUACUAUCUCUAUUACAACGGAGAUCGUGAAUGGGCAGGGGAUAAUGGAGUUGGUCCGGGGUCGUAUAGUCAAGCCCUCUUUCAAUGGGCACUGAACGGUGCCGGCCACCAGCCCGAUACGCAACCCCCCAAGCCCUGUACCGAUUCAUCGGCCUGCGUAGUCCCUUGGGCCGGGGGCACGCGAUCCAUCUCCUCCGUGAUCUUGAUUGCCAACGGUCUUUGCUUCACCUUUAUGACGGUGAUCUUCGUUUGGCUAGGCAGUGCUGCCGAUUAUGGGUCAUUCGGCCGCUGGCUUCUCUUGGCUUUGACAGUUGUCUGCUGGGCGCUGCAAUAUGGAAUGCUGGCGAUUCGCGAUCCGAGUCAGUGGCCGGCAGCAAUGGGGAUGUAUGUCGUGGCGUACAUCGCCUAUGGUGCGACCCUGGUAUUUUAUGCUGCGGUCUUCCCUCGACUGGCGCGGUAUAUGCCGCAUGUGCGCAAAGCACGAGAAGAGGAUCUAAAGGAAGGUAAAAUCACUCAGCGGGAGUACGAUGCCAUCGAGUCAUUGGAAAAGAAUCACAUCAGCAAUAUCUCGACAGCACAUAGCAACAUCGGAUACCUGCUCACCCUUGUGCUCAAUCUGAGUGUUUUAGUUCCGCUUCAGAACAACAAUUACUCUAACAACCUGGCGCUAUGUUUGACAAAUUCAUAUUGGGUGGUCCUGGGCAUCUGGUGGUUCCUCUUCCAGCAGAAGAGACCGGGCCCCAAAGUCCCCAAAGGGUCAAACUAUGCCACCAUUGGCUUCAAGCAGAUUUGGCUCGCCGUCCAAGAAAUCCGAUCUUUGCCUCAGACCUUUUUGUAUUUUGUGGCCUACUUCCUGUUAGCAGAUGGCCUCAACACAACCGGAACGCUGGUCAACAUUAUCCAGAACAAUCAAGUCUCCUUUUCGUUCCUGCAAAUCACCUAUCUUGGCAUCACACAGGCCAUCUGCUCGAUUGCGUCAACGUUCGGUUUCUGGUAUGUGCAGCGAUACUUUAAGUUCAAGACCAAGACCAUGUUUCUGGUCACCAAUUUCUUCAGCGUCUUUAUCCCCUUUUGGGGCAUGCUGGGGCUAUGGACCCCUCGGAUUGGAUACCACAACCGGUGGGAGUUCUAUUUCUACAACGUUGUGUUCGGGCUUUUCCAGGCCCCAUACUAUGCAUAUGCCCAAACAAUGAUCAGCGAGCUCAUGCCCCGAGGCUACGACAACAUGUUCUUCGCGCUGUUCGGAAUUACCAACCGUGCUUCCUCUAUCAUCGGUCCUAAUGUCAUCCAGGCGAUCAUCAACGAUACCCGCAACAACUGGAUGGGAUUCCCAUUCCUGUUCGCCAUCUGCACUGCGGCCAUGAUCACAAUUGGCUUUGUGGAUAUUGAGAAGGGCCGUGAGGACAGCAGAAAUUUUACGGAACAGCGCAAAAUGGACCGAGUGGCUGCGGAGACCGGGCUGAGUCCUGAUGCGAUUGUCAAGGGGAAGGGAUCAGUUGGGAAUGGAGAGGAUGCGGAAGCCAGUGGAGCAGGGAGUUCAGGUCGGCGCACAGGUUGA